AUGACCAGAGUCUCACACGCAAACUCCCAUCGUGGAGUCCAUCAGCCUGCGACGCUUGAUCGCCCGCGGCCUGUUCACAAGCAGAAGAAGCCGUACAAGAUCAUCCUCGAGGCUGUCACCCAAGAGAAGCGGAAACUCCAGUCAAUCUUGACAUACGAGGAUAACGCCCCCACUGGCUUUGGCUUCGUCCGUCUCGGAUAUCCGGAUUUCACCGAGUGGUGCAAGGAACAGUGCCGGCAGCGGAAUCUCGAUGUGCACAUUGUCUCAGCCAAACCAAAAAACAAAGCGCAUCAUGAUCCAGAGAAGAUCUCUCACCACGUCCACCGAAUCGGACAUCACUUUCCCAACGAGAUCAUCGAGUUGGGUUGCACCAAGUUCGGAUACGAUUAUGACCGGCAUACCGGUUCCCUAAAGAAGAAUAAUCGUGGCGGCGAGGACUUCAUCGCUCGGCAUAUAGCUGAGUAUACACAGCGGAAGCGUCUCCAUGGCCGCCCUGUCGCUGAAACGGAGACGAAGGAUCACAUUCGGGGUGCCGUGCGGGAGCUAUUUCCCAAAAUCCCUGAUGCAGAUCUGGCAGCGAUCGUUAAUCACGCCUUUGAAGAGGGAACGAAUCGAGUGGGUAACGCAAAAGAGCUCCCCUUAGCCCGCCGAGUUCAGCUUGCUGUCGUCGCCCAUAUCCGUCAUACAUACACAGAGUACGAUAAUAUACUAAGGACCGGAUCGUGGGCCGAAGCGCGGUCGAGGGUGGAGCACGUCUCACUCGCCAAGCUGAAAGAGUGGAGAGAUGAGGCGGGUGACGAGAGCCACGAGCUGGAGGAGACCUUCCGUGAAGUUAUCGUCCUUGACGACGAGGACGAAGAGUCCGCUGAUGGAGAUACCCCUUCGGACGGUGACGGGCGCGAGUCGAGCAUGGAGAUCGUCUCUCAUCGAGCUACGGCGCGGGAGCUUCAACCGGAAUACGUUGAUAUGCCUCGAGGAGACUUCCAUUACGCGAGCCGACCAUCGCGGAGGACCAUUAUCGUUCCCGCAGUGCCUGCUCCUUAUCGCUAUCCGGUUAACGCAGCUCCACCAAUUGCUUACCCUGUUGCACAAACCCUUCGAGCUCCCAGCCGAGCACCCCAACCUGUCGCCGCGGUUGAGCUAGCUCUAAAGUUCCGGCCCGAGGCAUUUCGACUUGUUCACAGCAGACCUAUGGACCCGUAA